AUGGACCAGAAGACCACCAGUGGCUGUGUUAUCGGCGUUCAGAUCGUUUUACUACUACUUGGAAAUGUAAAGGGUCUCAUAAAAGAAGGAGAAUUAGUCUCGGGUCGCCAUCCCCAACUCGUCGGUGACGGUGACAUGAUCCACAACAGCUCCCGUACAUGCAUUGAUUUCCAAGAAGAUCCAACAGCUGGAAACCGUAUACAUAUCAAAUAUGAUUAUAAAAGGAACGGAUGCUGGUCAGAUAUGGGAGUGCAAGGUGGUGUGCAGAACAUGUGGUUGGGAAAAGGCUGCCUUCAUAUGGGUCCUAUAAUCCACGAAAUGGUGCACACUCUUGGCAUAGGUCACAUGCACAAUCGUGAUGAUCGAGACGACUACAUUCAGUCGACUUUUCAUCAAUGA